AGUUGUAGAAAUAAAGCCCAGCAAGGGAAAGCCAUGCAACUGAAUAAAAUAGAUGGUAAGAGUGUUCAUUGUUUGGAUAUAAAAAAUGGGUUUGAGGAGUCAUCUCAGAGAUACCUACAGGUGUUACAGUGGAACAAAUAAAAGACAAUGUCUCAGGGGCAAAAGUACUAGAAGCAAAAGGUCUUAAAACAACUAGAAAUGGGGAGAAAUGUGACAGCUUGUCUGUGAUGAUUAAGUUUGACGAAUCUAGACUGCCAAGUAAGGUGUACAUAGGAUAUAUGAGCUGUGAGAUCAGACCAUAUAUUCCUCCACCACUGAGAUGCUUUAAAUGCCAAAAAUAUGGCCAUGUAGCAGCAAUAUGUAAGGGCAAACAGAGAUGUGGUAGAUGUGCAGGCGAACAUGAGUAUGGGUAGUGUGGAGAAGGAAUAAAGCUGAAAUGCUGCAAUUGUGGAGGAGAGCACAGCUCAGCUUACCGUGGCUGUGAAGCCAGCAAGAAGGCAGUGGAAGUGCAACGAGUGAAGACAUUGCAAGGAAUAACGUAUGCGGAAGCAAUAAAGAAAGUGUCUGGUGAAAGGAAGAGCUACAAACCAGAAAAUAAAGACACACGUUGUGGUAGCUGUGCAGUAAAGACAGCCAAUCUACUGCCCACACUCCAGUCCAGUAGGUGGCGGUAAUGCACCUUAAGUUGGUUUGUCAACCGUCAUUAGUAGAAGAAGAAGAAGAAAAAUGAUGGCGACUGCAGAGCUGAAACACGAGAUUUCACUAGAGGAAGAAAUGCUCAGCGUUUUAGAAGAAAAUGAAGAAACAUCCAAACCUCAAACCCAGAAGAUCCGAGAGACUCCGGAAGACAUCAAGCAAGAGGCUAUCAUUAAUUCGCUGGCAUUCCAUCCUAAAGAAGAUAUCCUUGCUGCUGGAGAUGUUGAUGGAGACAUAUAUUUAUACAGAUACUCUUGCAAUGAAGGGGAGAACAAAGAGCUGUGGUCAUCUGGACAUCACCUGAAGUCCUGCAGAAGUGUUGCCUUCUCAAGUGAUGGAGAAAAAUUAUUUAGUGUAUCCAAAGACAAGGCUGUUCACAUCAUGGAUGUAGUGGCUGGAAAACUUGUUAAGCGCAUUCCUAAAGCUCACAGCAAGCCUAUUAACGCCUUGCUGGUAGUUGAUGAGAAUGUGGUUGCCACUGGGGAUGAUGAGGGCACGUUGAAAGUGUGGGACAUGAGAAAAAGCACUUCAUUCAUGUCCCUGAAACACCAUGAGGACUACAUCAGUGACAUAGCUGCUGAUCCAGCAAAGAGGACUUUACUUACGUCCAGUGGUGAUGGAACUAUGGGUGUGAUCAAUUUAAAGAGGAGAGGAUUUGAACUGCUCUCUGAAAUCCAGGAUGGAGAUCUCACUUCUAUGUCCAUUAUGAAGCAUGGCCGAAAAGUGGUGUGUGGCUCCAGCGAAGGGAUGCUCUAUGUUUUCAACUGGAAUGGAUUCGGAGCAACUAGUGAUCGAUUUGCCCUCCAGGCAGAGUCUGUGGACUGCAUCGUACCAAUUACAGACAGCAUAUUGUGUACUGCCUCUAUGGAUGGAGUCAUCAGAGCUGUCAAUAUCUUGCCCAAUCGGGUUGUUGGCAGUGUAGGGCAGCACAUUGGUGAACCUAUCGAGGAAAUUGCUUGCUCGUGGGACAAACGCUUUCUUGCCAGCUGUGCUCAUGACCAGCUCAUCAAGUUCUGGGACAUUUCAGGACUCUCUGCCAUGAGGGUCAGUGAUUACCGACAGCAGAAGAAAAAAGAUGGCCAUCUCAAAGCACUUAACAAUAAAGCAUUUCACGGAGUAGGAGACUUUUUCUCUGGACUACUUGACAUAAACGACGCAAAUGGAACAACAGAAGAGGCGGAGGACAGUGAUGAAGAGGAUGAUGGGGACAGUGAAAGAAACUGAAAGGCAUUUUAUGUGUUAAAGUUGCUGUUAAUUGCAUUAGCCAUGUGUUUUUUAAAAUCUGUAUUAUCUAUCCCGAACUACUGUACCAGUUUGCACCAGAAAGAAUCUAGCUGCAAAAAAAAAUCAAAGCACACUUCAGGGUGCAUUAUUCAGUAUGUGCAUAUAUUGAGUGGAUAUAAUCAUGUAUGUUUACAUUUGUCUUGUAGCUACCCUCUACAAGGCCAUUUUACAGGUGCACUGUACAGAUAUACAGUCACUGGCUGUAGCCUGUCUACUGUUUUGCAUGUCCAUAAGUGGGAAAAGGACCAUCACGGAUCAUAUAUUAUUAUAUGGUGGUGGACCGUCUUUGCUACAACAAAAACGCUGGUACUUUUAAACUGUGUGCACACUUCUUGCUAAUUGUACUAUAUAAAUAUAUAUAAAUAAUAAAAUAUAUAUAUAUA